GUGGCCUUCGAACCCAGGUUAAGAGAACUAAAUCAGCCUAAUGUGACCAGUAGGCCACAAUAACUUUUGCUAUUUAAUUUCAAACCAAUUUAAUAUAUAUUAUAAAUGCAAAAUGUGAUUUUUUAUUGUAAAAUUACUCUCCGAAUACUCCCCGAUUUUAUCCGAUUUUCUCUUAACUCGCUAGACCCGGAUCAAGCGUACGUAUAGUAUAUACCGCCUACCGCAAUUUCGAACAUGGCUUGUAUGUAUUACCUUGUGGCUUGUAUGUAUUACCUUGUUUUGAUUCCCGCUUUUUUAGAGGAAAUGUGAUAUACGGUAAUCGUUUUAUACAAUCAAAUCUGCCGUCAAUUCAUUUCCUCACCAAAGCACACCACAUGUUCGAUCAUUUGUCCCAACUAGUUUCCCCAUAGUGCGAUUAGGCUUUUUUGAUUCCUUUAUUUUUCUUCUUCUUCUUCUUCGUAUUGGAUUGUCACUCAACAUGUUUUCUCUGAACUUCUCCAACUCUGUUAAGCCACUCCACUCCGCAAUCGCUCAUCAAAUUCGAUUCUUUUCGCGUGAUCCAUUCCCAAACAAACUCCAGCUCUACCUUUACCGAGCCAACCUCAUCGAUUCCAUCCGUCUCAUCCUCCGCUCCACACCCGUCUCAGAGACCGACCUAACUACUCUCUUAACCCACCGUCUUGUCGAUUCCUUUGUCGUCAAGAACGCUUUACGCUCCUCUCCUUCCCUUACCUCCGCUUGGUCUAUCUUCAAAUCCCUCAGCAAAAUAAAACCCCAAAUUUCAUAUGAAGCUGAGACGCUUCACGCCUUCGCCACCGUUCUCGCAAAGUUCCACCGCUCUUCACAGCUCAAAUCUCUUAUCGGACUGGUCCACGCUGGCAAAUUCGGCCAUGUUCAGUUCAGCUUUAUGAACCUCAUGAACUUGUAUGCAACUUCUGGUGACUUCCACUCUGUUCUCAAGACCUGGGAUGAGUAUAGAUGCUCAGGAGAGGAGAAAGGAUGCUGCACAGAGUCCUAUAACAUUGUGAUGCAAGUUUACGUGAGCUUAGGUAAAGACACUGACGCUGUGCAGACUUUUGAUCAGAUGAUUAACAACGGAGGCAUCCCGAAUUCGAGAACCUUCACGAUUAUGAUCGAGCAUCUGGUGAAAUCAGGGAAUCUUGAUGCUGCCAUGGAGGUUUUCGAGACCUUGCCUUCGAUGAGGAUCACAAGGACUCUGAAGCAUUACUCUGUUCUGGUCGAAGCCUUUGUCGAUGCUCAGCGGUUUGAUCGAGUCAAGACUCUGCUCGCUGAGAUGAAAGCCGAUGGGAAGUUCCCGAGUAGACGCAUGUUUGAGCCUCUGCAGCGCAUGAGAGAGGCUGGGUUUGAGCAAGAAACUGGAGAGUUCUUGAGGGAGAUGUUGCCUGAUGAGAGAAUCAAGGACGUUUCUAUGUAUUCCAUGUGCAAUCCCAGCGAAGAUGAAUCCGACCAUGAUGAUGCUCGGGUGAAGUUGAAGCCGUGGCUGGAUCCAAAAGCUUUAGCUAAUUCGUUAAAGAAAUGGAGUUCUGAUACUGUUACUGCUUUGGAAGAAGCUAACUUCGUCUGGACGAAUCUUUUGGUAUGCAAGAUGCUGAGGAACUUUAGAUCCCCUGAAACGGCGUGGAGUUUCUUCUGCUGGGUGGCGGUUCAGCCUGGGUUCACCCAUGACGCCUACACGAUUGAGAGAAUGAUGGCUAUGUUGGCACGCAACGGCCAGGUUGAACUGGUCGAUAAGCUCAUCUCAAAAGUGAGAAUGGAAGGGAUCAAACUACCAUUCAGCACCAUCAGGCUGAUCAUCGAUCUCUACGGAGUUUCGAAGAAACCAGAAGCAGCCAUCAAGGUCUUCCGCCACGACAGAACAACACUCUGCGGUUCAGUUUCGGGUUUCAACCUCAUGCUGUUGUACUCAUCGCUCUUGAGAACGUUGACCAAGUGCAAGAGAAACGCAGAAGCUCUGGAGACGCUGGAAGAGAUGGUUUCGACCGGGGUGUCUCCGGAUAUCCAGACGUUUUCGGGGUUAAUGUAUCACUUCGCAUUGCAGGGAGAGAUUCAGACGGUGCAGAGGCUUUUCUCGAUGGUGAGACAGAUCGGUCUGGAGCCGGAUCCUUACAUGUUAAAGCUUCUUGUCCAAGCUUACUGCAGAUGCGAAAGGUCGGUGCUUGCUUUCAGAGUGUUCCAAGACAUGAAGGACUUGAAUCUAAUCCCUGACAGAGAGACGAAAGAGCUGCUUGUGAGGAGUCUGUGGAGAGAAGAGAAGCGCAAAGAGGCGGCCGCGGUUGAAGAAAGCAGCUACUGCGACGAGGAAGGGGAUAGUAGUAGCGUUUUGCGUUUGGCGUUGAAGGGUCAUGUGUGGAAUUUUAGUUCAAGAGACAUCGCUAGAGUCUUCAAUCUCUACCGCGACUGUAUUUUGAAAACUCCAAGUUAACUUUUGUUUCCAGUGUUUUUUCUUGGCAGCUGAAACCGUUUUAGUUCUAUUGGUUCUGUUGGUCACGCAUUCUAUUCAAAUUAGUCAAGCAAGAACACCAAUUGCAUCUAAUAUUUGAUUUUAUUCUCUACGAAAAUUUUAGAGGUCUAUACAUUUAAUUAGCAUCGGAAUUAGAAGAGAACAAAAAUAGGAUUAGGAUCAA